AUGGCCAGGAAACCAGAAUUUUACUUCACCUCCCUCCUCUCAGCACUUGCCUGUAUUGUCUUGUUGCUAAACAACGUCUUCUGCGUAUUGGCAGACAAUGGAUCGAAGACGCCAAAUGUUCUAUUUAUCAUGUCUGAUGACCAAGACUCACACAUGAAGUCGAUGGAUUAUAUGCCACAUGUCAAGAAUCUCCUUGCAGCGAAUGGAACGACUUUCCAGAAACAUUAUUGCACCACGGCGCUCUGCUGUCCUUCACGGAUUAGCCUUUUUACCGGAAAAUGUGUCCACAACACGAACGUUACCGACGUUCGGCUUCCAUUCGGGGCGUACCCAAAAUUUGUCAGCGAAGGUCUGAAUGAUGACUAUCUUCCAUUAUGGCUGCAGGACGGUGGAAUCAACACCUACUAUGUGGGGAAGUUUUCCAAUGGCCAUAGUAUCCAUAAUUAUAGGGAUCCUGAAGUGAACGGUUGGACAGAUAGCAAUUUCCUCUUGGAACCUGGGAUGUAUGACUACGAAAAUACUACAUGGGCACGAAAGGGACAACAAUGGAAAUCAUUUCCUAACCAAAAUGCCGUGACCAUCACCGGGCAGUAUGCUCUGGAAAUGCUUAGCCAGGCAGCUAAUUCUGGAAAGCCUUUCUUUCUCACGGUAGCCCCUACCGCGCCUCACGUGGGACUUAACGCGAGCGGGAAAGGAUCAUUCUUCCCCAUUCCUCAGAAGAAGUGGGAGAAUGCCUUUGGAGAUGAGACCGUUCCUAGGGCUCCGAAUUUCAACCCGCAGAAGCCCAGCGGCGUGUCAUGGCUGCAGAACCUUCCCUAUCAAAACGAGACGCUCAUCGAACGGCUCGAUCAGCUCUAUCGUGCGCGAUUGAGAGUUAUCGCCGGCCUUGACGACAUGGUGGCUGACCUUGUCUCGGCACUUGAGAAACAUGGGAUUCUGAACAACACACAUAUUAUCUAUACCACGGACAAUGGUUAUCAUAUUGGACAACAUCGAAUGGGCCCAGGAAAGAGAACUGGCUAUGAAACCGACAUCAAUAUUCCCAUGGUCUGGAGAGGUCCUGGUGUACCAGUUAAUAAAAUCACAAAUACCGUGUCGACUCACACAGAUCUGGCACCUACCUUUCUUGACCUUUUCGGACUGCCUCGGAGGACCCAGCUGGAUGGGUCUAUCAUGCCACUGACCGAGAGCGCGAUGGAUGCGAGUGUCGGGAGUCGUGUCGAGCACGUCAACGUUGAGCAUUGGGGCGCUGCACACACAUAUGAAGUAGUAGCCCCUCACAAAAAUUUCAAUGUCGCUGGGGAACACAACAAUACCUACAAGUCGGUACGGAUCAUGGGGGAUGGUUACAACAUCUACUAUUCUGUUUGGUGUACCAACGAGCACGAGCUGUACGAUAUGACGACCGAUGGAUAUCAAAUGGACAACCUUCUCCCCAAAGUCAGAGACAUCGCUCAGGUGCCGGAUCGACAGCUACUCGGACGGCCACUUAGCAACGUUGUGGCGCGUCUGGACACUCUACUUCUGGUUCUCAAGUCCUGCCGUGGCAGCGAGUGUACUGAUCCGUGGCGCCAGCUUCAUCCUCAAGGAAAUGUUGGCAGCCUCCGAGAGGCUCUCAACCAGCAAUAUGACGAUUUUUAUGCCUCUCAGCCAAAGGUCAUGUUUUCUGCGUGUCAGGAAGGCUAUUUGAUCGAAUUCGAAGGGCCGCAGACAGCCAUGCAGUACAACGGUGGCGACUCCGGAUUGACCCGCUAA